ACGAAAGUUGCGAAACCGCUAAAACUGCAUCUUUGGCGGUAUGCAGGGAGGGAGAGUUUGCGCGGAACUGUUUUCCUGGUCCCGCUCCCGCGAUUUUUUGUCCAUUCCCGCUCUCAUGCUCCCGCAACCAUUCUAAUAAUUAGAACAGCCAGGUAGGAUAUAAUAAAGUUUGAGUUUUUAUACUUGGGGCUGGCAUGAGCUUUGUCACGCAGACCUGGAAAUUGAUGGCGCAGAGCAGCUCUCAGUUAAGUGAAGCGUACGCUGAUUUCUUUUAAAAUAGCAAAACAACAGUGUUUAUAACUCUAUCAGUCAUGCUAUGCGCAAAAUCGCGGGAUGGCGGGACCCACGCGCGCUAUGUUUUUUGGACCGCCACUUCCGCCCUCUUUUUUUUUAUCCUCCUUCUUUUUUUAUGGAUGUCAAUGGAAUCUUCAACAUGUUUUACAAUUAAAAAUACUUGCGUUGGGAACUGUAGGCUAUAUUAUACCUUUUUAAAAAUAUAUAUAUUUUCAAGAGAAGACAUGGAAUCUCGCGACAGAUGAGACUCAUCCUUUUAUUUAUAUUUUUUUAUAUUUGAGCCCCUAAACUCUCUGCACAGUUACAUUAAGGGGUUAUGAUGAUUUGCCCCGCCCACUAUAAUCAAUACGUGGACGCAGACCCUCUUUGUUCUCACUCAGGUUUUAAGUUGACACCGCAGGGAAUUCAGUCAUAUUCUUUCUCCCAGAAUCCAUCACACUUGAAAAAGUCCUCGAGCUUAUCGACUGGAAAUGAUAAAACAGUGACGAUAUCCGUGAUGGAGGGAGAUUCUGUCGCUCUAAACACUGGAGUUACUGAACUACAGACAGAGCAUCUGAUACUGUGGACAUUUAGAGAUCAAAAUUCAGAGACUCGUUUAGCUGAAAUCUAUAAAAAGAUCAAAUCUGUAUAUGACAUUAAAGAGAACAAUGAGAGAUUCAGAGACAGACUGCAGAUCGAUGAGCGGACAGGAUCUCUGACCGUCACAAACAUUAACAAAUUACACUCGGGACUUUAUAAAGUACAGAUCAUAAAUGGAGAUGUGAAGCACAAGAGCUUCAGUGUUGCUGUCAAUGGUCAUCUGACUGCUCCUGUCAUCAGUGAUUCUCCUCGAAACCUUUCCAUUUCAGAGAGAUCACUGAAGCAGUAUUGUUCAGUUCUGUGUUCAGUGGUGAAUGUGAGUCAUGUGACUCUCUCCUGGUACAAAGGAAACAGUUUAUUGUCCAGCAUCAGUGUGUCUGAUCUCAGCAUCAGUCUCUCUCUACCUCUGGAGAUCGAGUGUCUGGAUGAUUCAUACAGAUGUGCGGUCUCUUAUUCAUUCACUAACCAGACUAAACACCUCAGCAGCACUGAUCUCUGUCAGACAUGUUCAGAUGGUCAAGCUGUGUCUGUCAAAGCGCUGAUAAUCGCUGCUGUAUUUCUGCUGCUUCUGCUAGCGGUCUCAGUUUUAGCUGUGAAGAUGUUCUGUCGCAGCGGGAGAUACAAAGAAGUAGCACAAGAAACUAGGACUACUAUGGAAGAGGUGGAUCAUGCUAAUCAAACAUUUACUAAAAACAGAGCUCAGGAUACGGGAGCCAAUGGACAGAAACAGACAGAGAAUUCAGAGGUGGCUUUCAGAUGAUGAUCAUUCAGACCAUAUUAUCAUAGCACUCAGUUUAUUAGCACAAGUAUUUUGGGACAUACGUUUCUAUGUAAAAAAAGCUUGAAUCCUCAAAGGUAAACUACAGUCUUUAUUAUAAAUGGCUGUAUUUCAUUGUAGUGGUACUUCACAACAGACAAUCUUCUGGGGUCCCUAGUUUGUUUUUGACGCACGCUGCAUCCAAACCACACAGCAAAUACAAAAUAGAAGUCAAAAAAUCAUGUACAUUUAAAAAUUAACACCUUGUACAGACUCCCAAUCGUAGGUUUACAUUAGGCUACUAUAUUCUUGCUAGCAGGCCAGAAACAGAGGACGAGAGGUUGCUCCUCAAAGUUGAAGUUGUAGGAGUGGAAUAAAUAGGAUUAAACACAAAAAAAUAAAAAACCAAGAAAAACAAUGUUGGACAGGCAAAUCACGGCCUUAAGAAACUGUGUAUUCUGAGUAGAAUACAGUAUGAAAUGAAAGAUUUAAUCCAAGUAUGCACUUAAGUGUCAUAUUGCAGAAUGUCACCUUUUUCAAAUAAAGUUUUUCUAAAUAAUGCUGACACAUGUAAACCACAACAAACAGUGGACUGAUGUUAAUUUAUGUUAUGGCUUUUGUGGAUGUUUUCAGUAAUGUGUGUGUAUAUAAGCUAUAUUAACAGCUGUAAUAAAAAUGGUGGUCUGUUUUUAGGUCAGUAAAGCUUAUGGAGUCAGUUUUCAAACUCGUGUGUCUGUUAUUGUAGUAGGUAAAUGGGCAUGUUUGUGUGCAAGGUGUGUUUUAUAUACUGUGACUCAUCAAUAAGGAUUAAUAAGGAUUUUACCAUUUGGUUUGAGUGUUUUAGAGAGUGAGGUGUAUAGCUAUUAGAUUUUCUUGGAUUUCGCUGUUCAUCACAACACAGACCAUGAAAAGUUGGUAGUUUUCAAAAACCAUUCAUGAGAAUGUUGUCAAAUGCUGCUGUCUUCUGUUUAUGUGUCAUUUCAUUUGAAAUGUUCACACAGAUUCUUAUAUGUGAUUGGUUUGUUUAGUUAAGCUAAAUUGAGUAUCGCUAUUUUAACUCAUAAUACACUUGGUCCUUUGUGUUGAACAUUUUCAUCAUUGGAAAUCUUUAAGUUUCAGGUGUGGUUGGUAAUCCAGGUGAAGUGAGGUCAGUGUCAGGGAUGGAGGAAGAUUUUGUCACAAACACUGAUUAUAUUUUUCAUCAUCCCAAGACGCACACUAUUUUGAUAGGCGAACUAAACCUAGUGCAAAUGAGCUCCAGGUGUGCACACAGGCUGUUCACUUUCAGGUCUGACGGUUUGCCCUGUAGGAAUAAACACAACAAGGAUGAUUCAACUUCAAGAUAAUGAGCUAUUACGUGUCUUAUAGAUGAUUCAUGUAAUGGAAAUUAUACACAAGCCGGUCGUAGGAUAAUACAGAUAAUAAUGGUCUUAGAUAAUGGUUUCUUAUUGCAGAAAAUGAUGGAAAAGAUCUGCAGGAGUGGCAUGAGAUUAACAGGAGAGAAACAUUAGGAUGGUUUUGUUGAUACGGACCAAACCAGUCACUGAAUAUAUGUAAUUUAUAUGUAUAUCAUGGAUCAACAUUAUUGUCCAAAAAUACAGACUUAACCCAAUCCCUACCCCUAAACCUAACCCUACCCAUCAUUUAUUCCUAAAAUCAGUGCAUGCUAGCUGAUUGAUAAGGGUGUAUAAGCAUCUAACUCUGAUUUUGCUACGUAUUUUAUUUAACACUUGUCACAACACAUUGCUCUUUUGUCGUUUUGUUUGCUUCUAUUACCCUCAUUUUUAAGUCGCCUUGGAUAAAACCUAAAAGAUUGAAUGUAAUUUAUGCAUAAACACACCAAGUCACAAAAAAAUAUUAAAGCUAUCCCAUGACUUUAUCACUUUUUUCUUCAACAUCGUGAAGGGCUCACAUUCGUCCAUUUUUGCUUUUGGCCUUCAUAGACAUUACUGAUUAUUAUUUUACUUCUUCGUGUAUUUAUUCAGUUAUUGUAUUCAGCUAAGAACUGUUGUUAAGAGCACUGACAUUUUUGCUGCAAUUUUACUUCAAUAAACAAAAGGACCUAAUUCACACAAAAUGCUAUUGCAUGCUUAUUGUUUUAAUGUAAAUACCUACAGGCUACACUCUAAAAAAAACUUUCCCAAGUCCAAUAAGUAGCAAAGAUAUUGAAUUCAUGGUCCAUAUUGUUAUAUGUAUUUUGAUUUAUGCAUAAGCAUACAAUUCUGAAGUGCUCACAUACAGUACUCUGGCAUUCAUAAACAAUUGUUUUUACAUUAACAAAUGGACGGAGGCACAUUGUAACUCUAAACUCAAUUGUGCAUUUCAGAUACUGUCACAUCCUGCAAUCUCGUCAUCCGCAAAGAAAAAUGCCUCUCGAUCACACAAACAUAAUGAUGGACUUACAGGCGUCAUAGAGGAUUGUGAAAAAAAAAAUGUUUCACUGAAACUUGAUCUUCAUUAAACUGAUUUCUGUUUCUAUUUUUGAUUUACUUAAGUAUUUAUUUAUGGUCAGUGUGAAUUGUCAAUUAUUAAUGUAUUCUGCUUA